AUGACGAGGGACCAGAAUGGAACCUGGGAGAUGGAGAGUAACGACAACUUUGAAGGCUACAUGAAAGCCCUGGAUAUUGAUUUCGCCACCCGCAAGAUCGCAGUACAUCUGAUUCAGACAAAGAUCAUUGAUCAAGAUGGCGAUAACUUCAAGAUGAAAACCAACAGCACGUUCCGCAACUACAAUUUGGAUUUCACUGUUGGGGUGGAGUUUGAUGAGUACACAAAAGGCCUGGACAACCGGACAGUUAAGGCGCUGGUCACCUGGGAAGGUGAUGUCCUUGUGUGUGUGCAGAAGGGGGAGAAGGAGAACCGUGGCUGGAGGCAGUGGGUUGAAGGAGACAAGCUGUACCUGGAGAUGACCUGCGGUGACCAGGUGUGCCAUCAAGUGUUCAAAAAGAAGUGAUGGCUGAGAGGGGGCCCGCCGAGCAUGUGCUCCACGCUCCCCAUGAAGAGUUCUCUCCAGGCUUUGGGUAGCAGCUGCCAGACCCUCCCACUGCUGACAAGGCCCAGAAAGGCACCUGGAUGGGUUUUAAACAGAAUGAGUGUGUAACACUGACAGACAUGUUGUUCCUUCUUUGAAACCUGGCAUUAAAUGAAGA